UAGGAGUGCUGGGACGGGCGGUCCCUUCUCAGGGGAUGCCGAGGAGGCUUCUCAGAGGGCCGGAAGCCUACUGCGCCUUCGGCUCAGGCCUGCCCGCUCUCUCGUCACGUGCGCGCCGCCGAUUUGGGUGUGCGAGUUCACGCGCGCGUAUCUGCGAGCACCUCGCCUGGCUGCGCUGCUCCACAAUCAAGGUUCUUCUUUGCAGUGGUUAACCGAUCAACCAAUCAGCCAACCACCCAACCAGCCAAUCAAGCACCCAACAAACCAGCGCAAUCAAUGCGACGGGUUGGGAGCACGGCGGCCACGGAGUGUCGCUCUGCAUGUUUGCCUGUCCUAGCUUUCUCUACGAGCUUGUUCGGCACAUCUAGAGUAGUUGUUCCUAUCGCGCACGAGUUUGUUGCCGUUGUAAUGUGCCGCUGGAAAUCUUCCCCCUGGUACGUCCACAGGUGCCGUGGAUGAAUGAAUGUGUCGUCGACCCCGAGGUGGUACCAAUAAUGACGUUUAUUGACUAUGCUCCAUUGCAUCUUGCCCGAGUUUGCCGCGCUGCGAGCCAACGAGCUGUGCAACACAAGGCAGGAUGUGACCGCCUUCGCCAUGACUGCCGGCGCCUCGGCCUCGGGUUCGCUGCUCCGGCCUGGGCUCGGCCUCGGGCUCGGGCUCGGGCUCGCUGCCUCGGCCGCGGCCUCGGCCUCGGCCUCGGGCUCGCUGCUCCCGCCAGGGCCGAGGUUAGCUCUACAAGUAAAGCGCGGCACGAAGGAGGCGGCGUCCUUUAAAGCGACCGUCUUGGCCCCCCUGGGCGCCCCCGCCCACGGGAUGCCCGCGCAGCGGCGGCGCUUCGCCCACAGGCGCACGGCGGCGGAGGUGGACCGUUGCAAGCGGGGGGAGCGGUCCGACAUCAAGGUGUCGGACUGGGGCAAGUUCGGGUACGCCGACCGCGAGCAGGUGCUCAGCCAGCCCAUCCAGUAUGACGAGCAGACCGUGCCCAUCCCUCGGGUGAAGUCGAGCGAGGUCACGCCCGAGAGCUUCUUCGAGCAGUUCAGCUCAAGGUGCCAGCCAGUCAUCGUGGAGGGCGCCGUGGCGCAGUGGGCGGCCAUGAGGAGAUGGGACCCCUCGGAGCUGGAGAAGCGCUUCCGCCACGUGCUGUUCAAGG